UUAAAAAAAACUCCCGGCUUGUGCUGGCUAAAGAUGACCACCGAGCCUUCCACUUCCGCGACGACCUCCGCCGCCGCCGCCUUAGCAGGCGACGCUAAUGGCACGGAGCCAUGGAGCGCCCGGGUGCGCACCUUGUCGCGCCUCGGCCGGCACCGGGAGGUCCUAGCCCUGCUACGCGGCGGCGACCCCUCGCCGCCGCCGCACGCCCUUGCGCUACCAGCCGCGGUCAUCUCUUGCACGGCGCUAUCCCUGGUCUCCGGCGUCGCCCAGAUACAGGCACUCGGUCACAAGCGCGGCCUGCUCCCUUCCUCCGACGCCUACCUCCUCUCCUCGCUGCUCUCCUCCUACUCCCGCCUCGGCCUGCUCCCACGCGCCCACCAACUCCUCGACGAAAUGCCCCUCGCGUCCACGCCUCCCACCACGCUCCGCACCGCCUUCAACUCCCUCAUCUCCGGAUGCGCGCUGCACGCGCUCCCGGCCGCCUGCUUCGCCCUCUUCCGCCGCAUGCGGGCGGCCGGCGCCCCCUUCGACGCCGUCACGCUCAUGACGCUGCUCCCUGCCGCUCCUCAUAGCCUCGUGCCGCAGCUCCAUGCCCUCGCGGGGAAAGCAGGGCUGGCCGCCGAGACAAACGUGGCCAACUGCCUCAUAUCAGCGUACGCGCGCCGCGGCGCUGGCCUUGCCCGGCAGGUCUUUGACGAGAUGCCAUUGACCUCCCGUGACAUUGUCUCGUGGAACGCCGUGCUCUCGGCCCACGCGCAGAAUGGCCUCGCGGUGGACGCCCUUGAUCUCUACAGCCGCAUGUGUGGCCACGAUGGCAGUGGUGUGGAGCCGGACGCCGUGACGCUCGUGGGCGUACUCUCCUCAUGUGCCCACCUUGGAGCGCGCGGUGUAGGCCUGGGUGUCGAACGCUACAUGCAGGAGAGACUCCCAGGCUUCCGCGCCAACAUGCAGCUCUGCAACUCUCUCAUCAACUUCCAUGCACGCUGCGGCAGUUUGCCCCAGGCACAGCGGCUGUUCAACGAAAUGCCUAGGAAGAGCAUUGUGUCUUGGACGGCACUGAUCACUGGGUACGGCAUGCACGGGCAUGGCGAUGUUGCUGUAAAUCUCUUCCAGGCGAUGGUGUCAGAAGGCAUCCGGCCAGAUAAUGUCGCAAUGGUCGGCCUCUUGUCGGCGUGCAGCCACGCUGGAAUGUACGAGGAGGGGCGCAAGUACUUCUCAGCAAUGGAGAGUACAUACCAGUUGCGACCUACACUGGAGCACUAUACCUGCAUGGUGGACCUCCUUGGACGGGCCGGCCGUCUCAAGGAGGCGCAAGAACUCAUUUCUUCAAUGCCCAUGCCAGCCGACGGUGCCGUGUGGGGUGCCCUUCUUGGGGCAUGCAAGAUACAUAAGAAUGUGGAGAUAGGGGAGGAGGCUUUCGAGCAUGUCAUCAAGCUCGAACCGAGCAAUGUGGGCUACUAUGUGCUCAUGGCGAACAUAUACACAGACACGGGACAACCGGAUGGUGUAGUGAGGGUGCGGGCGAUGAUGAGGGAGCGCGGGCUCAAGAAGGAGCCUGGGUGCAGCUAUGUCGAACACAAGGGGAGGGUUCAUCUCUUCAUGGCUGACGACCACUCACAUCCGCAGGCAAAGAGGAUUUACGAGCUCGUGAUUAAGCUUGAACAAAUGGUGACGGAGAAAACAGAUGGCACUGUGGAAAAUGGGCAAGGCAGAGUGGACGAGGGGUACUCUGGGAAGAUGGCUGCGCCGUUGAUCGGCUUUCACAGUGAGAAGCUCGCUGUGGCCUUUGGUAUGCUGAACACUGAUGACAGUGAGAUUGUGGUGAUCAAGAACCUAAGGAUAUGCGGGGACUGCCACUCUUUCCUGAAGGCGGUCUCUGCAAUUGUCAACCGAGCAUUUCUCGUCAGGGACGCGAGCCGCUUCCAUCGCUUCGAAGGUGGAGCAUGCUCCUGCAAAGACUACUGGUGAAGAAUUUGGUGCUGACUGUUAGGAGAAGGAAGAUUUCACUCCGGAUCUUCAGUACUCACUGCACUGGAACAGGCUUGGUGACUAUGCUACUACUGUCCUUCCACUCCAGCUAUGAGAAAAGUGGAGGGCUGGAUCAACAGCGGGCAAAAUGGACUCGCUGUUAGGUUGACCAGUACUCCCAGAUCGAACAGGCUCCCAUUUGUUUUGCAUAAUCCGAGGUGCGGACCGAUUGGUGGAUGGUUAUCCUGGUGCUCGACAGCCAGUAGAACAAACUGUGAACUUUCUCGAGGCUUGCAUUCUACUCCUGAUCAAUUGGCAUUGCCCCUCAUGCAAUUGCUUGUGGAAAUGCAAUGCUCCACGCACGCCCUUGGACCUUCUAGGGAGGAAGUACCCGGCCCUGUUUGAGACAAUGGUGUGACAAUGCCAGAUUUUUUUACCAGAUGUGGUUCAGAGUACACCAGCAAUGGUCAGCAUGUUCUGAAUCGUUGGCAUGGCUCAGGUCGGUUGUUUAGUCAAAUAAAGAAUGAACCGCCAUCUUUUGCAUCAGGAAAGGGCUGAUGGAAGGGCAAAGGAAAAAAAUUGACCGUGAUGCUGAGCUGUAUGUCCAUGCACGCGCGCCAAUUUCAGAGUUUAUUAGAUUCCACUGGUGUGAGUCGAUUUUGAAGGCAAUUUUGUAUUCUUGUCAUUGGAAUCGUUGCAUUCCUGCUGCUAUCAACUAUUUUUGCCAUUCUAGUGCA